AUGGUGUCCAGGAAAACCAGAGUAUUCAGUUCUGCUUCUGGCUUUCUAGGAGACCUGGGCAACAGGCAACCAGUGCUCACUGAAUCCGUGGAUGAAGUCCUGUGCUCAGGCCACAGACCCCGCCUGCAGCCGGACGGGGACCAAAGUCUUCUUGGUGGAAGCUUCUACCUGCAUAUUCGACUGUUUCUGGCAACACUGAACACAUCCACUGCUGAAGGAAUAACACACUGCAGCCAGCAUCUGGCCCCGGGCGCCUGCUGCCCUGGGGUCAAGAGUUCUGGGACACAUGGCUCUGGAGUUCAGGAUUCUGGAGCCCAUGUUCCUCUGCACAGGGUCCGAGGAGGUUCUGUAUCGUUUAAUGUGACCAGGAAGCAAGAAGCUCACCUGGAGGAGGUCACAUGGGGCUUUGGCCCUGACUCAAACUACAGAGUCCUGCUGCGAGUCAGUGCUGGGGCAGAUGCUCCCACUUGGGUCAGCCUGCAGGAUAAGUAUCAGCAGAGGGUCCAUGUGCCCAGCAUCUUGUCCCUGAAUAUUGAGAACCUGACCUCUGAGGACAGUGGACUGUACCGGGCUCGAGCCAGCUUCACUGGAGGAAUAGAACUUAACCAAGUUUUCCCCCUUACUGUCUAUGAGCCGGUGCCCCUUCCCCAGAUCCUGUCCAAGUUACUGUCCAUCACACCAGGCUGGUGCAAUGUCACCCUGGAGUGCAGAGCCUCAGGGGCCACAGAGGACCUGAAGGUGACCUGGCAGAGCAAGGGCCUCCCCAGGGAGCUGGAGCAGAGCGUGACACUGGGACCAGCCCCCAACUCCUGGACCCUGCCUGUGAACCUGCCCCUGAGGCAGCCCAGUGCCAGAUUCACCUGUGUGGUCAGCAACCAGGUGGACCAGAAAACUGCCACCUUAGACCUUGGGGAAGUCUGUGUCCAUGAUUCACAAGGACAGGUCCGUGCUGACCCCCUGCCAGGCAUCCUAGGGGCUGUCGUGGCUGUGCUGUUGAUCCUUGGAGGAGGACUGUACCUUUGGAAGACACGUGAGAAGAAGAAGAAAAUGGAGACUGGAAGAGGUACAGAAUUGCAGGAGGACUACAGGGACAAUGAUAGCGGCAUCCAGUACGCAGAGCUGAGCCAGCAGGAGUCUCGAAAGGGCACACGCAAGGGUAUUGGUGAGCGACAUUUAGAAGAAAAGGAGCCUGUUAAUACUGUCUACAGUGAGGUCCAUAAGCCAGAAAGUGAAGCCAUGAAGAUAAUUUAAUUGGAGGAGGUAGGAGAACUGGAACUCCUAGGACACCUCCACUCGGAGCUUGAUCCUUGCAGACACCUGCACCUCUCAGCUCUGGUCCAGCUCCAGCUGCCCUGGUCUGUGUUACUUUGACCCUCCUGCCCUCAACUCCCUGGGCAUACAUGGCCUUGUCAUAUCCCCUGUCACCUCUCCAAGCUGCCUUCCCACUCAGGAUCCUCACCCUGCAAGAUGAGGGCUCUUUUUCCAUCAUUAACUCAUAUCCUGACCACUCUCCUCCUGAAGCUUCCCAAAGAGAACCUUCCUGCACAGGAUAAUUCACACAGCCUCUGCUGUGUGGCUGGUAUAUGUCUUUCUGAGAACACAGCCCAGGCAUGGGGACUACGUAGAAGAUAUUGACCACGCCGCAGAAGAAGGGGUUAGGACCUUGAUGCUGGAAACUGAGUUGGGGGUCCGUGGAGGCAGCAUGGGUAGGUGGGAUCCCACAGAGGGCUGGCCUGAGGCUUCCUUUGCACCCUGUAUAGGGCAAAAGGUUUGUGUCGAGCGGUGUGUUUGUGUGUGUGUCUGUGUGUAUGUUGGGGGAGUAUCUGGUGUAUAUUAUACAUUGGGCCACAGCCCUUUUCUCUGACCACUAGUACUAACCUCAGUUUCAGCUCGUAGACCUCAAAUCCACCUCUUGUGGAGUGGGCAAAGGAAUUUGUACUGUUUCUGGACCUUCUGAGACUUCUGUUUCUCAGAGAGGGACCCAAGUUGGGACUUGUGUUCUUAGGAAAGCAGCUUCAGCCCUUCCUUGUCUGGGGUAGGGGUACUUGGUCAUUAGAAUGGAAGUGCAGUAUGUCUCUCCCACCUCCCCUUGACGAGGCUGCUAUGAGGGGUGAGGGGUGAGGCUUGUAGGAAGGUCUGAGCCAACCCUCUCCUGCCUCUUCUACUGACCCUCAGCACCCCACAGCCCUGCUGGCCUCGGAUCCUAGGUCAGCCUCCUCUUUGCUCACUCACAUCCCUCGGCCUGAAAUGAUGGCUCCCUUUCCCUAUCCCUUCCUCCCAUCCCUGUGUAUUGGAAUCCUACCAUUCCAACCCCAAACCCCCUUCCAAGUCACAUGUUCUACAUGUUCCCAUAGGUUUGAAAAUAGUCUCUUCUCCCACACCUGUCCUUUUCAGACAACUUGGACAUAAUCAAGGCCCCUGCCGUAGGUUUGCUUUGGGUUGGUCAUGAGUCUUCCCUGCUAGCCUCACCUGGGGCUCCCUCAGGAGGGUGUUGGGGCUUUAGGGGGCCGGUGCCAAGGAGACAAGCACCUCUCUCUGUGAAGUGUCUGAGCUACCCUUACUCCCAACUCCCACAGAGAGUUGGGAGCAGACAAGACCCAGAGCACAGAGGCUGCUGAAGGUCUUUCUGGUAGUGACUCCACAAGGAAGCAAAGAGGACAUGAUGAACUCCAAUGACACUGCCUGGUUUCCCCAACCCACAUCCAGCUUCACGUUGCCUGAGGACCUAAUGUAGCCUGCACUGUAUUGUUGGAAGCUUCUCCUCUCCCUGGGGGUCCUCACCUCCUCAAAGCCUCCGCCUCCUGCCUUGAGUCCCAGCUCUUGAAUCAGAGAGGGACUCACUCUGAUACUAUGAUCUGUGGUUCUUUGUCUGCUGGCCUAGAUUCCUGGGCCUCUUGGUGCCCCUCCCAGCUCAGCAAGCUCAGCUGCUUCACUUCUGACCUCAGAAAACCAAGUUCUGAGCUAAAGGACUGAGCGUUUUGCUAGGAUCCUGCUAGAUGGUGCAUGAAUAAGAGAGGAGCAGAGUUUCCAUAAUAAGGCUCUUUCUAACCUCUUUCUGCUCAGGCUGAACAGAAGGCUGAGAAGGAAAAAGAUGACAUCUCUCACUGGCAUCCCAGGUGACCGGUCAUGGCUGGGUAUCAGUGCCCAUCAGUCCAGAAGCACUGUAAGAUGUGACCACCCAUUGACCCCUCCCCUCCCACCUAAAGCAGAAGAGAAAGAAAAAUGAAAGAGGAAGGGAACUUGACUUUCCAAGCCUAUCAUGAACCAGGUUUUGUCCCAGGCAUUUUAUAAAUAUCAUUUCUUCUUAUUCUUAUAAGAACUCUCUAGGGUAGGUAUUACUUAUCCCCAUUUUGCAGGACAAGUAAACAAUGUCCCAAAAUAGUUGGUGGCAGAGCAAAGCCUUAAAUCCGACACUGGACAAUUCCAGCAUUCAUAUCUUAUCCUUUGCCACAUGGUCACUGAAGACCUCGUAAUCCUGGAGUAUUCAGAGGAGAAUAUCCUCCAUCUGUUCCUCUUCCAAGGAUCCCGGUCUUCUGACUCAGGUGCCCCAACUUGGAAUGAGUUCAUCCUGAUGAUGGAUGGAGCAGUUGGUGGUUGAAAGAGGAAUUGUCCCUUAAGUGGACAGUGGGGUAGGAGAUAUGGGUGGGAGACAUGGAAUGAGAGACCCUGCCCUCUGGCUCAGAUGAGACAUUCAAAGCAGAGAUGCUUUGGGGCUUCCCUGGUGGCGCAGUGGUUGAGAGUCCGCCUGCAGAUGCAGGGGACACAGGUUCGUGCCCAGGUCCAGAAGGAUCCCACAUGCCGCUGAGCAGCUGGGUCCGUGAGCCAUGGCCACUGAGCCUGCGCGUCCAGAACCUGUGCUCCACAACGGGAGAGGCCACAGCAGUGAGAGGCCGCGUACCGCAAAAAAAAAAAAAAAAAAAGCAGAGAUGCUUCUUCCUCUUGGGUCUUGUGGGAGUUACUUCCUCUCAUUCAAUGUGUAUUGUGGAUUUCAGCAUCACUAUUCUCAGGCCAACUUCCUUUUCCAUUGUUAUUCAUAACUUCAUUCAACAAUUAUGUGAGGCAGAUAUCCUCAAUGUACAAAUGGAAAAUUAAAAUCCAGAGAUGUUAAGUACCCUACAGAAGUUCUCCCAAGUGUAAGUGAUGUAGGCAUAUCAGGGGAUAAUAAUUUCACACACUGUGAUUCCUUUCUCUCUAUCAUCCCAGACAUCCAGCAAGUUACUGUCUUCCAUUGGGUUAUCCUUCAUAAAGCUUCUUGUACUCCAUUCUCCUCUUAUUCUUUCAUUCCCAUCUUACACCUGCAGCUGCACCAUUUUUACAUUUCCACCAGCAAUGUAUGAGAAUUUCUCCACAUCAUCUCCAACUCUUGUUAUUUUUUGAUUGUUGCCAUCCUAGUGCUGGUGAAGUGCUAUCUCAUUGUGGUUAUGAAUUGCAUGUCUCAAAUGAUUCAUGAUGAACAUGUUUUCAUGAGCAUAUUGACCAUUUGUAUACUUUAUUUGAAGAAAUUUCUUUCUCUCUUGAAUUGUCUCUUGUCAUCCAUUGCCCCUACCUCUUUGUUGAGUCUGCUUUUGUCCAGUCACCAGGGAACUUCGUGUUGUUAAAUCCAGUGGUCAAUUCUCAAUCCUCAUUUCCCAUAACUUCUCAGCCGCAGUGGACCUAUAUUUUCUGGAAACACUGUUUUCGCUUUGCAUUCACUAUUCACAUUAUUUUCCUCCUACUGGGUGGUUGCUCCUUAAUUUCCUUUAUCAUUAUCUUUCCGAUAUCUCCAACUUCUAAAUUUUGGAAUAACCCAGGGUUCAUACCCAGACCACCCAGACCACGUCUCUUCACUGUCUACACUCAUUUCUUUUUGAUGUUAUGGCCAUGCAGUAAUCCCAUGACUACAUGACCUUAUGUGGCAAAAGGGACUUAAAGAUAUGAUCCCUCCCCUGGACUCCACAUUGUAAAUAUCCAACUGUUUACUUGACAUCUCCACUUGCGUGUAUAACAAGCAUCUCCAUCUUGACAUAUCUAAAUUCAAACUCCCCAAACAUGCUUCCUAUACAAUUUCUGAUCCCUCCAAAUGUCACCUCAACCCUUCCAUUUCUUCUGGCCACAAAACCUUGGUGUCAUCCUUGACUUCAUUAUUUUUCUCACACCCCACCCUCUAUUAGAAAAUACUGAUAUCUUUUCAUUCUAUAUAUAUUCAAAUACUUAUUUUCAUAUACCUAUAUGAAAAAAUUAUACUUAUAAUAAAAUACUUCUCACCACCUCCCUAGUCCAAUAGGGUCAUCAUUUCUCACCUGGAUUACUGCAGUAGCCUCCGAGUCUCCUACUUUUGUCUUUAAUCCUUUAAUGUCUAUUUUCAUAAUAUCACCCAGACUUAUCUUUUCAGAACCUAAGUUGAGUCACAUUACUCGUUAGCUCAGAACUACCCCAUGGGCCCACUUUAUCUGGAAGGCCCUGUAUCAGCUGACCUCAUCUCCCAUGCUCCCCUCCUUCCUAAUCCCCUCUAGGACACUGGGCUCCUUGCCAUUCCUUCGAUACUACAUGCAUGCUCCUUCCUCAAGGCCUUUGCUCUCUAGAAUUCUCUCCCUCUAGAUACCCACACGUCUCGUCCCCUCACCUCCUUCAGGUCUCUGUACAGAUGUUAACUCUUCAGUAAGACCCACCCUGACCUCCCUAUAUAAAACCGCAAACACUUCCCGGUGCUCUCCUCUCUCCUCCAUGGUCUAUUUUUCUCCAUAGUACUUUCACAAGGCUGUGUGACAGGGUACAUUUAUUCUGGGCUGUAGUUUAAAGACAGGUGGGUACUGAGGCCUCAAAGUAUAAACUGCAGUCCUAUUAUGCAAAUACCAUUAUUAUUCCCAGGAAACCACAACACUGAUAAAUUAAUGAACUUACUCAAGGUCACAUAACUAACAGGUAGCAGAGCUGGAAUUGAAAUCUUGGAGUUGGAGUCGAAAGCUCUUGACCACUGUAUACCAAUUAAAUAAAGCAUACUCUCUCCACAUGAGGGAAUACUAUUUAUGUAAUAAGGAGAAUAAGUUACAAAUUACAUCUUUAUAUAUUUGAAUGGAAAGUUGCCCAUGAAAUAUUAAAUGAGUUAUGGAGCAUGCAUAGUGUUAUCCUAUAUUGUAAAUAUAUAUAAAUAUGUUUAUGUGGGCAUAAAAUAGUCUAAAAGCUAGUAGGUUAAGAAGUUAACAAUGGUUAUCUUCUGCGGUCUCUUUUUCUGUAUCAUCAGUUUCUUUAUAACACUAAUCAAAAAAAUUACCUAUUAAAAAUUUUUAGCAGGACAGUGACAUGAUCAGAGCUGUGCUUCAGGUAGAUAAAGCCACAUAUACACCAACAGGAAGUUUAUCAUCUAAACCAGUUAACGUACUUAUGCUUAUUUUCACUUUCUUUUGUAUUGAUUGAUGCCUUCAGGAUCUUUAUUGAAAUAACCCCAAAUAUGUGUAGAUCUGUCUAUAUAGUACAGGCAAAGUGGUCUGGUUGAUCCAAAUGGACACUCCCCGUGAAUUGCUUACAAUCUGGGCUGUUCAUUAGAUCAACUGGAGAGCUUUCAGGAACAGAUACUUGGACUCUAUCCUGAAACUGGGCACCAUCUAUAUUUUUUAAAAACUCAAUAGAUGAUUCUGAUUCGUGAUCAGGCUUGAGAACUGAAACCUUGGGCCUACAUGAACUCUUCAUAAAAUCCAAAUGGGAAUGUACAUGGCAAAGAAAGGCUGUGAGUUUGUCUUCCAAGAUGCUUCUCAGCGUGUGCUAGUAUGUUAUGCAGUCCAGUAAAUGUUGGUUGAGUGAAGGAAUGAGUGAAUGACAAAGCCCUACAGUUUGGCAUUACAGUUGACUCUUGAACAACGUAGGGGGCUCCCACCCCCUGAGCAGUCAAAAAUUCACAUAUAACUUUACAAUCAGCCCCCUGUAUUCAUAGUUCCACAUCCACGGGUUCAAACAUCCAUGGAUCAUACAGUACUGUUGUACACGUCUGUUGAAGAAAAUCAGCAUAUAUGCGGACCUGCGCAGUUCAAACUCAUCUGGUUCAAGGGUCAACUGUACUUUGAUGUGUUCACCAUGUGUUCAGAGUCUGACAUGUAGAUUCUUAGCCAAAACCCAGAAUCUCCAUUUCAUCCAUUGCCCUUUUGCCUUGGGGAUGCAAAAUCUUGAUAAUAAAUGUUAAAAGACACUGGUAAACAAAACCAGAAGGCUUAUUUAUUAAUUUACAGUGAGAAGUAUACUUGCUAACUGGGCUAGAUAUCCCUGUUAGCUUGACCAGGGCAUCCUCUUCCCAAAGAUAGGCCACAUUGGAAGCCGAGUUACCACUGGACUACAUGGGAAGCCCUGAGUCAGGGCAGGUAAGCAGAUGCUGCCGGAAUGGAUCCCAGUGGCCUUCUCAUCUGAGCUCUCCAUCUCCGUGGUAGGACUUCCCUGCCCAGGGCAUGGGAUUCUCCUGCCAGCCUGUUGGAGCACUUCGUUUGCCUCUGUCACUCAUCUCCCUUUACGCCCCAUUUCUUAUUAACCAUCCUUCUGAUGGACAUUCUUUCUUUGGUCACGUGCAUAUGUGAGAUUAAGACUUGCCUUGAUCUCAACUGGAAUUACUAUAUCUCUCCCGUGAUCCAGAUACAUAGUGUUUUAUUUAAUCUCCAGAAGUAAAAAAAAAAAUCCCUCCAAAACAUCUACCCUUAUUUCUGUCAUUUCCAAAUUGUAGUAGAGGGUGUGGAGGGUGAAGACACUCCCUCAAUACACCGCCUGCCACCAGGUGAGCCACCAAAUAGCUUUUGCAAAUAGACUAAAAGAGAAAAGCUAUAAACUGGUUAAUGGAAUUCUGUGGCUCUCAGGGCUGGAAACAUCACCUAAUUUAUCACUUACCCUUUCAACAAGAUCCUCUCAUAUUUAAAACAGCCAAAACAACAAUAAUAAGAAAAACUCUUAAGAGAAUAUAGUGCAUAAUUAAUGUCUAUUCAAUUUUAAAUCUUUAUUAAAUGGACAAUUUCUAGAAAAAUAUGAUUUGAUAAAAUUGAUCUACAUGUGUGUAUAAACUUUAAAAAAUGAACAUAGAAAAUAUUAUAAAACUUACAUAAGUGUUUUCUCCUUUGAUGACUUAAGAGGCAAAGCCUAUUCACAAAGCCUAAUGUGAAUUCCUCACAUCUUUAAAGAAUAGAUAAUUUUUGUGCUAGCAAAUUUUUUUUUAACAUGGCAGAAGAUAGAAAGCAUUCAUUUAUGAUUCAGAAAACUUGACAAAGCAUGAAAAAGGAAAUAAAGUCCCAACCUAGCUGUC